CCCAAAUUUUACAAACAAAGCCCUACCUGCUCCAGUGCUCCUCUUAUCUUCAAAACCAGAGAUCUCAGCGAUGGCAUAGAGACAAAUUAGCAACGAUGAGUAAAUAGUUUUCGGAGCUAGAGGAGUUUGUUGGAGUAGUUGUACUGUUGUUCGCUGUUCGUCGUUGGGACGCUUGUGUCUUCACCGUAACAGUGCUUUCUUUUUCGGUAGUGUCUGUAGGUGUUGGUUCUACUUCAAUUCGAACUUUCUCCAUGGAAGCAUCGAUCUCUAAUCCCAUGGCUCAACAAGAACAGGAAGAUGAAGUGAUAAACAUAAGCGUGAAGAUAAUUAAAACUGUGAGUUUACAAAUUAAUAAAUUCGAAAGUGUUGGAGAACUCAAAGAUUUAGUGUCCGCCCACGAGGGAAUACCAGAGAUUCAUCAGGAGCUGUUUUUCAACGGCAAUCAUCUCAAGAAUGAGAAGACGAGGCUUUUCGACCAUGGAAUCCGCAGUAACAGCACUGUGAGUGCCUACAUUGCAAAUUCGAAGCUGAUGUCGUUGACCAUCGAGAUACCAUAUAGGAAGGGAAGGUUUAUCAUUGAAACGAACCCUCAGGACACGGUCCAGAAUGUGAAGGCUGUGAUUGAGGACACAGAAAACAUGGGGUCAGAUGAGUUCAAUCUGGUUUAUCGUGGGAGGGUGUUAGAGGAGGAGAAGACUGUAGCGUUUUUGGGCAUUACUAAUGGAUCCAGGCUUUACGUGGUGUUAAAUCCUAGAGAUGUGUUGCAGGUUUCAGUGAAGAUGUUGAGUGGAGAAACUGUGAAAAUACAGGCGAGGGUGUUGCACACAAUACUGGAUGUAAGAAGUUUUGUUGAGAGCAUAGUUGGUUAUUUAGUGGGAGAUCUUAGUUAUGGUGGAAUGAGGCUCGAGGAUUCAAAGACAAUUUCGUAUUAUGAAAUUAAGGACAAAUCCAUCUUAUUGGUGCUUCCACCAACUACUAAGGUAUUUAGGCUAACUAAGAAUCUACGCCUAAGUGGUGUACAAUCAGAGGUCGAAGCUAAAGAGAUUGAAGAGUUUGCAAAAUGGAUAGCUAAUAUAGGUGAUGGAGUAGUUGGUAAUUCAACUGAUAGUGAAGCAGAUAUUACAAUUCCAGAUCACUUAUUGCUCAAGUAUGACGAUGAUCCUACUGCUGCAAUUAUUGAUAGCACAUUCCCUUUGUUUCGACGCGGUAUAUGUGAUCUGUCAUAUCUUAAGAACAUUGUUAUUUUGACUCCAACAUUGGAUGUGGUAGUGUCUAUAUUUGCUCUACUUCAAACUCUUUCCAUGGAAGAAUCGUUUCUGCGGAGCUCUUCUCCCAUGGCUCAACAAGAACAGGAAGAGAGCUCUAAUCCCAUGGCUCAACAAGAACAGGAAGAGGAAGAUGAAUGGAUAAACAUAUGCCUGAAGAUAAUUAAAACUGUGAGUUUCCAGAUGAGUAAAUUUAAAACUGUUGGCGAACUCAAAGAUUGUUUAGUGUACGAAUGGGAAAUACCUCCAAAGGUUCAUCAGGAGCUGUUUUUCAACGGCAAUCAUCUCAACAAUGACAAGACGACCCUUUUUGAUUAUGGAAUCCGCAGUAACACCACUGUGAGUAGUGCCUAUGUUGGAAAUUCGGAGCUGCUGUGGUUGACUAUCAAGAUGCCAUAUAGGAAUAUAACCUUUACCAUUCAAGUGAAAGCUGAGGAUACGGUCCAGAAUUUGAGGGUUGUGAUUGCGGACAACGAAAACAUUGGGUCAAAUGAGUACAAUCUGUUUGUUUUAUCGUCAGAGGAUGUUGAAUGA